UCUUCGCAGGCACCCCAAGACCACAUCAGGAAAAGUCUCUUUCCAGCUCAAACACUGCUGCCAAGUCAGAGCGAGACCCCCCCCAUCCCCUGACCUCCCUUGAAAUCCAUUUCCCAUUCUUUCUCAUCCGAGAGCCUGCGGAACAGUAAGAUUCAGACAUGCUGAAAAUUCUCAUCUUUAUUUUUGCUGUAAAUCUGGAUCUUCGGAUAGUGUCUGGGCAAAGCAGAGAUGAUGAAAUCAUUAAUCAGAUAAAGGGAACCAAUCAAGCUCUCGCCGAGAUCAAAGAGAUAUUGAAACAGCAGGUCAAAGAGAUCGUUUUCCUGAAGAACACGGUGAUGGAGUGUGAGGCCUGUAUGAGCGGAGACCCGGUGGAGCCAUCGCACCCCUCCUGUGACCCAAACCCCUGUCACCCUGGGGUGAAGUGCAUUGAGACAGCUGGGGGAAUCAAAUGUGGUGCCUGCCCAGAAGGCACAGUGGGCAAUGGGACACACUGUGCAGAUGUAGAUGAAUGCAUCAUGAAGCCUUGCCACAUCGGCGUUCGUUGCAUCAACACAUCUCCUGGGUUUAGGUGUGGGCCCUGCCCUGCUGGCUACACGGGCCCACUGGUGCAUGGAGUUGGGCUCUCUUAUGCUACUGCUAACAAGCAGAUCUGCACAGAUGUCAAUGAGUGCGAAGGAUCCACAAACGGAGGCUGUGUGGCACAUUCCGUCUGCGUAAACACACCGGGCUCUUUCCGAUGUGGGCCUUGUAAGCCAGGAUACGAAGGGGACCAGAGGCGUGGCUGCAAAGCCGAACGGGCCUGCGGCAGCGGCCAAUCAAACCCCUGCCAUAUCCACGCCGAGUGCAUCGUCCACCGAGACGGAAGCACAGAAUGCAUUUGUGGAGUGGGAUGGGCUGGCAAUGGUUACUUAUGUGGCCGUGAUACUGACAUUGAUGGUUUCCCGGAUGAAAAGCUGAACUGCCCUGAGAGGAACUGUAUGAAGGAUAACUGCCUGACGGUGCCUAACUCCGGCCAAGAGGACGCAGACAGUGACGGGAUCGGAGACGCCUGCGACGAUGACGCUGACGGCGAUGGAAUCUUGAACACAGAGGACAACUGUGUCCUGGUGCCCAAUGUGAACCAGCGGAAUGUGGAUCAGGACGAUUUCGGCGAUGCCUGCGACAACUGCCGUCUGAAGGCCAACAAUGACCAGAAAGAUACCGAUGGUGACAGCAAGGGUGACGCUUGCGAUGAUGACAUUGAUGGUGAUGGAAUACAGAACAAUGUGGAUAACUGCGUGAAGGUUCCCAAUGCUGACCAAAGGGACAGAGAUGGAGACAAUGUAGGAGAUGCCUGUGACAGCUGUCCGUAUGUUCGCAACCCUGACCAGCUGGACGUUGACAACGAUUUAAUUGGAGACCCUUGCGACACCAACAAAGACAGUGAUGGUGACGGGCACCAGGAUUCUCGGGAUAACUGCCCAGUUGUCAUUAACAGCUCCCAGCUUGACACAGACAGAGACGGACUCGGGGACGAGUGCGACGAGGACGACGACAACGAUGGCAUUCCUGACCUGAUACCGCCAGGGCCUGACAACUGUAGGCUCAUUCCCAACCCCCUUCAGGAGGACUCGGAUGGAGACGGCAUUGGGAACGUGUGUGAGCAUGACUUUGACAACGACACGAUCAUCGACCCGAUUGACGUGUGCCCCGAGAACGCGGAGGUCACCCUGACUGACUUCCGUGCCUAUCAGACUGUAGUGCUGGACCCUGAGGGAGAUGCCCAGAUAGACCCUAACUGGGUGGUGCUAAAUCAGGGACGAGAGAUUGUCCAAACCAUGAACAGUGACCCUGGACUGGCUGUUGGUUACACGGCAUUCAACGGGGUGGAUUUUGAAGGGACGUUCCACGUAAACACAGUGACGGAUGAUGACUAUGCAGGCUUCAUCUUUGGGUACCAGGACAGCUCCAGUUUCUAUGUGGUCAUGUGGAAGCAGGUAGAACAGAUAUACUGGCAGGCCAACCCAUUUCGAGCAGUAGCGGAGCCAGGAAUCCAACUUAAGGCGGUGAAAUCGAACACGGGGCCAGGGGAGAAUCUGCGCAACUCUCUGUGGCACACAGGCGACACCACUGACCAAGUCAAGCUGCUUUGGAAAGACUCUCGAAAUGUGGGCUGGAAGGACAAGACUUCUUACCGUUGGUUUCUGCAGCACAGGCCACAGGACGGGUACAUCAGGGUGCGCUUUUACGAGGGGACACAGAUGGUCGCAGACACGGGAAUCAUCAUUGACACCACCAUGAGGGGCGGCCGCCUCGGCGUCUUCUGCUUCUCCCAGGAGAACAUCAUAUGGGCCAACCUGCGCUACCGCUGCAACGAUACAAUCCCUGAGGACUUCGACACAUUCAGAGUGCAGCAGGUCCAGCUGAAGGCAUAAUGCGGAAGGCGUCCUGAUCGACGCGGGGGAAACGCCAGCAGCUCAUUUUGGAGCACAUUCCAUCUACCCCAGCAGUGCAGAACUGCCACUGCCCAGCCACACGGUGAAGGGUGGCCAAGCCAGUCUAGAGCCAUCCUGAGCAGCAGUCACAUGCUCUUCCUUUUCAUGCCAGUUUCAUUCCACAAGAGAUUCUAUUCCUUGUGAAUAUUCAGUAAGGAUAAAGGUAGACUUUCGGAAGAUAGCUACCUGUACUUUUGUAACCUGGACUCUUUCAUGCCAGAUCAGUUUCCUCUACAAUUAGGGAACAUAUCAAAAAAACAUGAUAUGUCUGUGGUCAUAAUGGAACUAUAUUGGUUAUGUAUAGAACUUGAUGAAUAAAAUACCCAAUCAAUCAAG